GACCUGCACAAAAUAAGACAGGAUUUGUAUUUUACUGCAGAAUAGAAACACAAGAACCGCAGACCGAAAGAGCUCAGAACCAGGCGAACAUAAAGAGAGAGAGAGAGAGAGAGAGAGAGAGAGAGAGAUGGAGAGAAUUUAAAAGAGGACACAGUGAUGACAAGCAAAAGGAACACCGUGACAAUGCUUUGGUCUGCUUUGCUGUCCCACCUCCUCAUACUGCUGUUUACAUGCGCAUACGUGCAAGCAGAAUGUCCCGCUAUCUGCUCCUGCAGCGAGAGCCUUCGGACGGUAGACUGUUCCUGGCGUGGACUGAGAAACCUGCCUGUCGGACUAGAGCAUAACAUUCAGUCUCUCAACAUGAGCCACAAUCGUCUAUCCGACCUGGACCAUCAUCUGAGCUCCUUCACGCACCUGCGCAUCCUGGACAUCUCCUACAACCGACUGCUUCAUUUUCCCGCCUCCCUCCCCCGGGCUCUGUGGGAACUCGACAUCUCUGGAAACCGUCUGCAUGUGCUUAACAAAGACGACACGGCGUACCAGUGGAACCUUAGGGUUCUGGAUCUGUCCGUCAAUAAGCUGGAGCGUGUCGUCUUCAUCAACAACACCCUCCCAAACCUGAAGUCUCUCAACCUCAGUCACAACAAGUUCUGGACGGUGCCCACCAACAUGCCGCAAAACGUAGAAACGGUGGAUUUAUCCCAUAACACCCUGGUUCAGAUCUUGCCAGGUUCAUUGAAUCGGUUACCCAAGUUGUCUCGGUUAUACUUGCACGCAAACCGCUUCGCCGCGGUUCACGAUGGAGCGUUCCAGCAUCUGCAAGGUCUGGAGCUUAUCGCGCUUGGAGACAACCCUUGGGCGUGUGAAGAUGCAGCAAAUAUUAGCCAUCUGUUGCUUUGGACCAAACGUACGUCCGCCCGGGUGUUGGGAUGCCCGUGUCACACGUGGCACACAUGCGGAGAGGCUCACCUGUCCCGGACGGGGAGCUGGCACUCUGGCACCUACACGCUGUCUCCAUACGUGUUUAGAAUCAAUGAGCGGAGUCAUCCAUCUAUCCAAGCGGUCACUACACAAUUCUGGUCCGAGACGUCACUCUUGAACACAAAAGAUGACCAAACAGCGACUGGGAGUGCCAAGGAGUCUUUCAAAAAGGAUGCCAUGUUUACUUCAAGAGUUCCCUAUUCAGAUACCUACACAACUACAGAUGGCCCUGUCACAACCGGCCACUUCACCACCAGCGACAUCAUGAGCUCCACCACCCGCAGGACAACUACUCUCCGUACCCGGAGUGUGAAGAGAGCGAAACAGAACUUUGGGAGAAACAAAAGUAAAGGAUGUUCCCGUUCGCUCUCCACAUCAGUUUACUGUUUGCUUCUUUUAACAGCCAUGACGUAAAAUAACUGAAGGUGUGAAAAAUGUCCUCAAAACCAUACACUAUGAAGUCAUGCUAACACACGGAUAACAUAUUUCGCACAUUCAGUCAUCGGUUUCAUUUAAUGAUUUUGAAAAAAGGAAUAAAAUGGACUAAAACGUUUUGUCUUGGAGCAUAUGGAGCAACAAACAGGUUUACAUACUCACAAAACAAAACAAUUAUUUGUUAUUGACAUAAAAAUAUAAAUAAAAGUAAAUAAAAACAAAUUUCAUACUUUGUUACUAAACCCCCCCCAAAAAUCUACUGAUGCCGUAUUAUAGCACUGUGUUAGGAAAAGAACACUUAUUUAUUUACUUUAUCAAUAAUUUGUUUCAUAAAUAGGACGCAGUCUGUGAAAACCCAGCUAGUUGUUUUUUAGUGAUUUACUGUUUUUUUUCCACAUAAUAUUGUCCUACAUGAUGUAAAGAACAUUCUGUGAAAAUAUAAUCUCUACCCGUUCUCAUCGUUUUGCAUAUAAAUAACAAGCUGUUGCAAUAUUGUGUAAUACGCACAGUGAAGUUCAAUUGUUCAAUUGAUCUUACCAAUAAAGAUAUCAAGAU